AUUUAUCGUUACAAUUAAUAGACUGAAGAGUAUUUUGCUUUUAGUAGUGAAGGUUGUCAAACGUCCUUGUUUCUGGCCUGAGGUAGGCGGGUUUUCGAUUUUCUUCGGCGUGAGUCAUGGGCUUUCAAAAUUUCAGAGGAAGAGGAGGUGGUUCACGUGGUUCCCAGGGUGGUUUUCGAAGAGGCUCCAGGGGAGGAGGGUUUUCUGAUAAGUUUCAAAGUGGUCCACCUGAAGAGGUUGUCGAAGUUGGAGUAUUCGCUCAUCCAUGUCAAGAAGAUAUUGUCUGUAAAAUCACAUCGGAAAAAAUACCUUACUCAAAUGCUCCUGUUUAUUUGGCGAACAAAGAAGAAAUAGGCAAAGUCGAUGAAGUUUUUGGCCCAAUUAAAGAUGCAUACUUUUCAAUCAAACUUUCAGAUACACUUAAAAGUAAAUCUUUUCAAGAAGGUGUUAAGUUUUUUAUGGAUCCUGCCAAGUUUCUCACACUUGAUCGCGUGAUGAACCCGAAUUCUAGUAGAGGGAAAAGAGGUGGUCGUGGUCGUGGUGAUCAAAGAGGUGGUCGGGGCGGACAUGAUUUUUCACGUGGUCGAGGAAGGGGGGAUUCUCGGGGUGGUCGUGGCGAUUUCCGAGGAGGACGUGGUGGUUCUCGUGGACGGUGGAGUGAUGGAGGUGGUCACAGUAAUCGAGGCGGAUUUCGUGGUGGGAGGGAAAUGAAUGGUCAGCGUGGUGGUGAACGUCAUUCAUUCGGCGGAAAGCGAGGCGCAAAUUUUUCUGCAUCUAAUACACCACAAAGUAAAAAAUUCAAAUCAGAAGACUAAUUCACUGUUUUUGUAUGAUAAAACUUUUACCUGCACUGCUUUUCUUUUAUUCCAAAUCUCGUUCUUUUGCUACAGAUCACUUUUUCCUCUUGCUGGGCUACUAUGUCUCUAUCCUUGAACUGGUCGGGAUUUCUAUGUUUAUGGUUUUCAAAAAGCAUUUCCUAAACCUCCAACCUAAUUUCGUCAAGUUAUUUAUGAUGAAACCUAGUCAUCCUAUAAUGAGUACAUAUUUACUGAUUAUCAAAAUUGAUUGUUGCAGACAAA